CGAGCAUGUGUUUGAGUUACUGCUAGCGACUCCACACGUCAAAAAAGACAAACACCAACUCUGGCAAUAAUAAAAGUUUAUCGAUGAACAGACUAAUGAGGCGUGAGGGAUGUUUUUAUAUCUGAACCUCUGAGCGGCGGAGACACCGAGUUAAAAAUUCAUGUCGGUGCGUUUUGAGUCGUAGGUGAGGGCAAGUGACUUAGGCUGAGUUGUUUUUUGGUCUUGGUUUUUAUGAUUAUUAUCGUACAUGUUUUUAAUCAAUCGGAGCGCAAACUUAUGACAUUUGACACAGCCUGGGAGCGGGGCUGCAAAUGGGCGGCAUAGGUGGCAACCUCUACCUCAGCAUGUUGAAUGGGACUGAAACGCAAACUUUCGGAAAGAACGCCGACAUCAGCAGUCACUUCCACCGCGGCGGCAAGGAUCUAGCCGAGUUCAAAAUGGGGAUUCAGGACGCGAGGUUUUACUACUCGGACUCUGUUCAGAGCGGGCAGGACGCGCUGCCGCUGCCCUACCACUCGGACCAGGCGGUAGGAGGAUACGGAGCGCAGCCCGGCAGGUUUUACGCACAGACCCUCAGCAGCUGCCCGUACGGCGGCGUGCGCUCUCCGCCGAGAAGCGGAGCCGGGCAGGCUUACAUCCCGACGGCAGGAGACGGCUUUCCCACGGGCGGUAAAGACGUGUACUCCCCUUCUCCGGAGAAUUACCCAGCGAGCUUUCAGCACGGGUUCCAGCGGCAGCCUCUCUACCCUUUACCUGGGCUACAGGUGUGCGGGAAGACUCAGGCUCUGCUCAAUAACUAUCCGCUGUGGGCCAAGUUCCACAAGUUCCAAACCGAGAUGAUAAUCACCAAGCAGGGGAGGAGGAUGUUCCCCUUUCUGAGCUUCAAUAUCAGUGUCCUGGAUCCUACUGCCCAUUAUAACGUCUAUGUGGACGUGGUUCUAGCUGAUCAGCACCACUGGAGAUACCAGGGCGGCAAGUGGGUCCAGUGUGGGAAAGCAGAAGGAAACAUGCCAGGGAACAGGAUGUACAUGCACCCCGACUCUCCCAACACAGGAGCUCACUGGAUGAGACAAGAGGUGUCGUUUAGCAAGCUCAAGCUCACCAACAACAAGGGAAGCACCAACAAUGUGGCACAGAUGAUAGUUCUCCAGUCCCUCCAUAAAUACCAGCCUCGACUUCACAUUGUGCAGGUGAAGGAGGAUGGCACGGAGGACCCCUUCCUCUCUUCUAAAGCUCAGACGUUCAUCUUCCCGGAGACUCAGUUCAUCGCUGUUACUGCUUAUCAAAAUGCAGAUAUCACUCAGCUGAAAAUAGACCAUAACCCGUUCGCUAAAGGUUUCCGUGACAAUUAUGACACGCUGUACGCUCCUCCCGACUCUGAUCGCCUCACCCCCCCUACAGACGGCCAGCAGCUGCUGCCAGGGAGCUGCUACCCCAGCUACCUCUCUGAACAGUACAUGAGCCCCCUGCCCCAGAGCCGCUUCUAUGGCCGCGAGCACAUUGGUAUGGGCCAGCAGCACAAAGACCCAUCCGCAAGCCCUGGUCCCCACAGCCGCUGGUACCUGUCACCUCAGCAAGGCGUGGCCCCAAAUCGGCUUGACUUCACUUCCUCCUAUGAGGGGGACUUCUCUGGAAAUGGUUUCUACAAGCCCUUCCCCUUGCAGACAUCUGCUCACCAUGCUCUCAGCUACUAUUCAGAUCAUCCUUUUGCGUCUACAAGCGUGUCUGUAUCGGGAGCCACCUCAGCAGGUUGGAGCGCCAGCCGGCCCACCCCACAGUACCUCGGUCACCCAACUAAAUCCGGCCCCACUCUUGGGUGGUUUAGACCCAUAUCAUCCUCCUCUUCCUCCUCCUCAUCUUCUACAUCACCUGGGAACCCCAGGCUGCACCCUCCUCCACUCCUGGACUCUUUUCAGCCGCCCUUGCUGCAGGAGAAACCCAAAGACACUGUGGGCGUAGUGCAAGAGGAGCCUUGGCUCGAACCACCUUCCGUGAAAUCAGCGGACUCGGGCGACUCUGGCCUAUUUGAGGGAGGUGUGGGUGAAAACAAGAAGAGGAGGGUGUCGCCCUAUACGUCCAGCACUGAAAACUCCCCACCCCCGCGCAGUGGAGAGGUCUGUGAAAAAGACAGCAACAGCGAUGCAGACUAUUAUGGUUAUUACACCCACUGAAGACCUCGCACAUUAUCAUGGUUGCCACAGUGUCUCCCAACACCUUCCCACACUGCCCUUAUUGACACAUUUACUGUCUGUCCAGGAUAAUGAUGCAGGGCUGGAACAGUCUCUGGUUUUGCUACAGACAAACGGCAGAACGUAGAGAAGGACAGUGACCAGCCCCUCGAACUGUCAGACGACUACAGGAACUUUCAAAGUUAGUGUCAAGGUUGGCGUCGAACAGAGUGGAAGUGACUGGAACGCUGGCCUAAAGUGACAUAAACACCAAACAGACAUAAAGACCUGUGGCUUAGGCCUUUGAAACAUCUGGAGAUUUGUAAAAAAAACCAAGAAACAAAAAAAAAAAAGAUCUGCAUAUCUGCUUGCUGACAGACGCCUGCAGCAAUUGUCUGUUCUUUCUGCAUCAAACACUCUCACCAUGUCUCCUUUGGUCUCAUCUACGUCAGUUCUCACCUUCAACCAUUCACACAUCUUUGCAAUAUGUUCACGUCCAUUUCCCAUGACGAUUCUGAGCAGAAAUUAUGGCUUUUCACACAGUGUCCUCUAUCUAAUUAGUGCAACACCACCUAGUGGCCACGGUGAAGUGCUCUAGGUCAUGGAGUGACAGCAGGUUUGUGUUCUAGAAGGGGAACCUUCCUUAUACAGAUUAGGCCAACAUUUUCUGUGUGUUCCUCUACAUCUGCCGAGAUUUUUCCAACCACAGCAGAAAUCGCAGGUCCACACGACUGCAGGCAAUCCAACGUAUUUUACUGGUUUGAAAGCAAAGCUGUUUGAGUAAUAUUUAAUGUUAAAAGUUAUUAAAUUUAUUGUGACACCUCUUUGUACUUUACUGUAACCCUGUAUGUCACUCUAUGUCCAAACCCAGAUGCAGGUAAUACAGAACCACCUUCAUCGAUUUCAGUAACUGAUUUCAGUUUUAAUCAAAACUGGUCAACCCACCAGGAUGCGGUUCACUUUGUCAAACAUUAGUAAGCUGAAUUUUUUUUUUUUUUUUUUGGGGGGGGGGGGGGUGGUAUUAUAAAAGUUAGAGUUUGUGCUUUUGAAUCUGUCAGUCACAUCUCAUGCAUCUGCACUACCCACAGUUCAUUUCCUAGUCGAUGGAUUCCUCAACUAAGAUGGAGAUGGAUUCUGUCCUGUUUGUUCUCUCACUGUACACUGACUGCUAGUUAACAAAAUUCUCCAAUUUGAGGAAUUCCUGCUGAUGCGAACACUGUUUUGUGGGUUUCGCAGGAUGUAGCAGCAGAGAUCUGCAUGGUUUACAAAGUGUUGUAUUGACUCUGGCUGGAUUUUUCACAUGAGUUCAUUUGGGAUGGUGCUUGUGAUUUCUAUUGAGUUUGCAGUGUGCAUCUUGGUCUUAAAGCAAGAUUCUGACCUCUCAAUGCACUGUGAAGCAAUAUUCUAAUAAGUGGGGCCAUAUUUUGUCUGUAGCAUGCUCAUGGGAACACAUAUUGCAGGGUAUUUCCAAUCAGUUCAAAUUAUUCCCCUGAAACCAAUCAACACAGUGCCAUCAAGGUUUUUGGUUUAAAUGAUACCAGAAACUCCAUUAUGGCUUAUGUUGCAUAUUGGAAAACCCUCAAAGGUACAUAAGCAUUAAACUCUUUAUGUUUAACUAAACAAAUUGCCAUGUUUUCCAUAUAACAGUGUCAUAAUCUUGAGGAUCUGGGUUAAUUUAAUAGCUCCAAGUUUUGGUAUUUGUUUAAAUAUAGAAAUAAAGAUAUUGGUGCGCAAAUGUAGGCUUUCAAAGUAAUACAUUUGUUAAGAUUCUUUAAGUUUCACUUCCAUACAAAUGGGCAUUUUUUAUGUGAAGUGAUGAAUCUGAACAUCAGAUUUGGUUUUGAAAGUUACUGAAAUUGCUGGACACAGCACUCCUUCGAUCUGAUGUGUGAUGGGCCUGUAGGAGGAGGGAGUUUCCAAGGCGAUCUGACUGUUCUGAAGAAGCAUACCAAGAGCUUUUAAGCGUGAAGCUAGUCCUUACCUCACAGUGUGUUGACGUUGCAUCAGUCAGAAAAGUCCCUCGCUGCAAUCAUAGCGUCACAAUCCAGAACAUUAUUGCUGUUUUUAUAGAUAAUAUGAAUGAAAAGUGGCACCAUGUUUGCAUUAAGGGAAGUUUGUAGCAAAUUAUUUGGUAUGAGUUUGUUUACAGCAGCAGUUUCGUAGCUGCAGUGGUUUGUCAUAGCGUUUGGAAAAUCCCUCCAUUUUAAUCAGUUCCAUCAACAUCACAUUUUUUGUUUUAGCUUUUGGGCAAUUUAGAAGCACUGAUGAAUGAUUUCAGCAUGGCUAAACUUUUCAGCAGCAGAUUUACACAAACCCAGCUGCACCCUACUUUGCUUGGAUUAAAAAAUAUAUACGGCAAAAGCCGAGCACCCUGCUACAUUCAGCUGACUUCAAAAUGCUCCUAUCCACACAUGGCUACAGCCCACAAUCAAUAACAGCACUGAUAUUGAUGGAACAAGAUUGGGUGAGGGGAAACGUGAGCGCUUAAACCACACAGCAGACAUUUAGUGUGCUCCAAAAUUAUAAAUGAGAAUUUGUAUUGUCGCCUCAGUAGUAAGACUGGGGAUUCUUACUGUAGUUCUCCAAGUUUUCCUCAAUCUACUGCCAUAAAUUGGAGUAGACCCCUAAAGUGGGUCAUAGAGGAUGACCACACGCACCUGUACUUAAAGAGACAAGGUGCUGUCACCUUCAGACCACAAUAAACAGGAAGCACAAAGUGACCAGACAGACACUCUGAAUUUCCCCCCUAGUCUUUGGGCCUAUCAUGUGGUGACGCCGGCUGACAGAGGCCCGGCUCCCACCCUGGUGACAGAAAUGAAGAGUGAGGCACCAGUCGGCGCUGAUCAGAGGUCUGCUCCUCAUUCCUCACUAGGUGUGCUAAUGGCCUCAGACAACACUAGGGGCGACAGGCAGGCACGCGGUGUCAAACGCGUCUUUACAGAGCGAGAGAUGAAGUUGAGUCUCCUUAUAUAUGUGUGACUGAAUUUGAAAAGACUUUAAAUGCCUAAAAUGAAGUCCUCAGUUUACCAUCGUGAGACCAACAGAUCGUAACUUCCUACAUGUCUGAUGAAAAUUGAGACUUGACUCUGGCUUUUUCUACAAUUUCCUCACCUCAUAAACAAAAUGUGCAAUUUGAUGAAAAAACAGACAGAGCAGAGCAGAGCGCCAUUAACUGUAGCCUCUCUAAAAUGCAUGUAGUUUUAUUGAACAUAAAAUUUAUUUCAUUCAAGAAAGUUUGUUAAACUGAACAAGAAAGCUACAGCAAAACAUCCUUUCCUUGUGGACUAUUUGAAUAGUUUUUAGUUUUUAUUCAAAGAGAGUGGCACUAAGGCUCUUAGUGGCACAGUUUUGUUACAUUUAGCUAAAAGUUCAAAUCUAAAACACACGCACUGCACUAAUGUAGGUAUGUGUGCUACAAUGUUUAAGCUUCAUCUACUAAAUUAAAAACUUAUUUAUUUUAAUAAAUUAAUUGUAUUCAGUUAUUGUAAAGUUUAAAGAACAUAGAAAAGUGUGCUUGGAGGAGCUACUAGUCAGAUUUUCUUCACCUUCAGACAGCACCAGGCCAGCUACAUGCAGAAGCUGGUUAACCCUAAUCAGCACCUAAUUAAGUUUUAUAUUUCCCAAAAUCCAGGCCAAUUCUUUCACACAAGCCAAGCUUGACUAUAAAAUCAUCAAAUGAGGCCGAUGCUGAGGCUGUGUUUUGUGUAAAUCAUGUUUAACUGAAGCAAAAAAGAAAUUGCACUGCAAGAGACUUUGAAACAUGCAUAUAGAUUAUAUAUAUAUAUAUGCAUGUUUGGCAAACUUACAGCAAAAUGUGCUUUCCUUGUGGACUGUAUUGGGACAUAAAUGUCUGCAGAAACAGUUGAAUUAGUUGAUAAUGAAAUGUAAAAUCUUCAUCAUUAUUAGUUAGAUGAGUUGGCCUCCUGACUUCAUAUGGGCUUUCUUUCUCAGCAGACAUGUCGCUGUAUAAGUGGGGAUGUAAAAAAUGGUAUUUUUUAAGGUGAUUAAUGUCCCUGGGAGCACCAUUCCUUCCUUUGCUGUUCCUAAUGUGACUUUGAAAGGGCCUGUUGCUGUAUAAAUCCUGCCUUUGACCUCUGAAUUUUUUUGGAUCCACCGGAUCUCAUAAACAAUAAUAAAUACAUAACGUUCAAGAACAAAUCGUCCCUUCACCAGGACAUUUACAAAACCAAACUCAGUGGUUACGAAGAGCUAAAAACUGAAUCGUAUGAACUGAAGAAAAAGUAGCUUGUGUAGCAUUUCCAAAAGAUGUAGUAUUUAAUGUUUUUGUUGACAUCUGUCAGAAAAAGGGUGCCUCUCACAUUAACAAAGCUGUACAAUCGCCAGUUCAUAUUUUAAGUGCAAUUAAUAGAACAAAAAUUAGUUUAGAUUUAAGGAUGUUGUGGCGAAAACAACGAGAGAAGAGUUUUAUGUUGACAGCUUGAGUUAUGGAGCUCUGAAUGGUGCUGCACCACAUGAGCGUAUGAUCUCACAUCAAACAGCAAAGAAAUGCUUUCAGAUGGCUCAGGAAAGACCCCUGCUGGAUACUGCAGAUAUUACAACCAGCUUCACCCUGACCUCUGGUGUUGGACCACUCAUACCUCCGUUUCCCCUCAGUCCGUGUUCACCCUGAAAGCACAUUUCUCGUGAUGUUUGGGAACAGUAUUUCCAGAAAUUUUACUGUAAUGCAAUGGCGUGAAGGAUGGAGCUCAGACAACUCAAGCAACAAGCAUGUAAAUUUUUGGGUGUGACCCCUGUGCACUGAACCGAUCCUCCUUUAUUUAAGAGCUUUUGAACUGCAAUACAGGAAGAAAUAAGAAGAAAGAUUUCUGCUAGGGAAAUGGAAAUUCUUAUUUAUUAAAUGUCGAAUAGGUUUAUUGUAAAUGUUUUUUAAUUGAUUAAAAUUAAAGCUUAUGAACAUGAACAUGAACAGUC